AUGGGUUCUAUUCUCUGGCUGAUCAGCAGUUUCGUCCGCUGGGUGCGUAUGAAGAUUUAUCAGUACGAGGUCACAUUCGCCAUUUACAUGCUUACCCCGACGGAAAAAUUCAUCUUCAACUCUCUCCUUCUCACCCUGAUCACUAUGAUCGCCACUGGAAUCUACGUCUACCUCCCUAACCACCUCCGCACGAUCUACGGCCACAUGUACUACUACGCCGUUGGCGAACGGCCAUUCAUCUCCUCCAGACUCACAUCCAUGAGCGCGGUAUUCGGCGAAGCGACGGAGACUCUCGACGUGAUGUACCAAACAGCCAAGAGCGCGGCUGCGGCGACGACACAGCACUUGGGCGAGUUGUAA